UGGCGCGGCCUGAGGGGCGGCGGGAGUCUGUGCUCGCUCCCUCCGCGGUGUCCCACGCUGCUCGCACGCUGUGCGGGGCAACAUGGCGGACGCGGAAGUGUAUAUUGUGGCGAAGAAACAUAAGAAGAAAAAGGAGCGGAAGUCGUUAGCAGAAGAAGACGUAGCAGAGAUACAACACGCUGAAGAAUUUCUUAUCAAACCCGAAUCCAAGGCGGCUCAGUUGGACACAUCUCAGUGGCCCCUGUUGCUCAAGAAUUUCGAUAAGCUAAAUGUAAGGACAACACACUACACACCUCUUCCUUGUGGUUCAAAUCCUCUGAAGAGAGAGAUCGGGGACUAUAUCAGGACAGGUUUCAUUAAUCUUGACAAGCCCUCCAACCCCUCUUCCCACGAGGUGGUGGCGUGGAUCCGACGAAUCCUGCGGGUGGAGAAGACAGGACACAGUGGCACUCUGGAUCCCAAGGUGACUGGCUGCCUAAUCGUGUGCAUAGAACGAGCCACUCGCUUGGUGAAGUCCCAGCAGAGUGCAGGCAAAGAGUAUGUGGGCAUUGUCCGGCUACACAACGCCAUUGAAGGGGGGACUCUGCUUUCUAGGGCCCUAGAAACUCUGACAGGUGCCUUAUUCCAGCGACCCCCACUUAUUGCUGCAGUAAAGAGGCAGCUCCGAGUGCGGACCAUAUACGAGAGCAAGAUGAUCGAGUACGAUCCAGAAAGAAGAUUAGGAAUCUUCUGGGUGAGUUGUGAGGCCGGCACAUACAUUCGGACGCUGUGUGUGCACCUUGGUUUGUUGUUGGGAGUUGGCGGUCAGAUGCAGGAACUUCGGAGGGUGCGUUCUGGAGUCAUGAGUGAAAAGGAUCACAUGGUGACGAUGCACGAUGUGCUUGAUGCCCAGUGGCUGUACGACAACCAUAAGGAUGAGAGUUACCUGCGGCGGGUGGUUUACCCAUUAGAAAAACUCCUGACAUCUCACAAACGGCUGGUGAUGAAGGACAGCGCGGUGAACGCGAUCUGCUAUGGGGCGAAGAUCAUGCUGCCGGGGGUCCUCCGGUACGAGGACGGCAUCGAGGUCAAUCAGGAGAUCGUGGUCAUCACCACCAAGGGGGAAGCUAUCUGCAUGGCUAUUGCACUAAUGACCACAGCAGUGAUCUCUACCUGUGACCAUGGUAUAGUAGCCAAGAUUAAGAGAGUGAUCAUGGAGAGAGAUACUUAUCCUCGGAAGUGGGGUUUGGGUCCAAAGGCAAGUCAGAAGAAGUUGAUGAUCAAGCAGGGCCUUCUGGAUAAGCACGGCAAGCCCACGGACAGCACGCCUGUCGCCUGGACACAGGAGUACGUGGACUACAGUGACUCUGCCAAGAGAGAGGUGGUGGCCAAAGCAGUAAAAGCCCCACAGGAAGCUGCCGAAGUGGUAAAAGCCCCAAAAGCAGUUGAUGAAGCGGUGAAAACCCCGAAGCGGAAGCGAGAGAGUGAAAGUGACGAGACGUCGCCACAGCUGGUCAAGAAGGAAAAGAAGAAGAAGAAGGAUAAGAAGGCCAAAGCUGGUGGAGACGGUGCGGACGAUCCGGGAGAUGGGGACAGUGACACCGGCAAGAAGAAGAAGAAGAAGAAGAAGAUCAAAGUGGAAGUGGUUUCUGAGUAGUGGAGACCACGUUGAGCCCAGUGUCCAUUCGGGAGGAGAAAUUAAAGCCUUAUUGAGCAAACAAUUCCUUUGGUUCUUGAGGGAAUGGAACCCGGCCCCAGGAAGGGGGGAGCGCCCCGGCACGUGUGCCUGCCACCUCAGAGCCCUGUGAGGUCGCCUGGUGCCCUCGUCCCAUCCUGUCCUGUUUUAAGGAUACGGGUGAAGGAGGCGGAUUUGAUGCCACCCGCUUCUGUGCUUGGAAGAGUCUGGAACCCUCUCCUUCGGACCCAGCAAGGCCCAGGCACCAUCUCAGCCAGUCCCCGGUGGCUGUUUUAACACCCUUGCUCUCCUGGUUUGCGCACCCCCCCCCCCGGCUCAUUGAAAGUGUCCGAACGUUGCUCGAUGAAAUGGUGUAGAGCAAGUAAAACCGUAGAACUGAGCCGCGCUGCUCACGGCGCAGAUCAGUUGUCCCUCCCGUGUCCUGUGAGGACAGGGGUCUAUUUUGGCGUCAGCUGCCUCUGUCACCCUGUGUUCCCCUGCCAGAGGCGGGCCAAACUUACCAGCUGUGUCCAAUCCAUCUCUGGCUUCGUAGUGUUCUGUGUACUUGUCAAGAGCCUUGUGCGCCUCUGGAUCCACCUGCCUAGUGUGUUCGUGACCUGACGGGAGCUAGAAGCUGCUCUGUCCGCUUUUAACCCUCGUUUACUUUCAAAGGAUGCAAUCGCUCACUCCUGGGAGAAGGUUGUAAUUUUUACUUAUUAAACUUUACUUGUUUUUAAAAGUA